ACAAUACUGUUGUGAAACAUUCCACAGAUGAGGAAGUUUAAUGGGGUCUGAAUAGAAUUCUAAAGAGUUUGGACCACAAGGAACACCAAUGGAUGUGUAAACAAAAUAGGUGUGUUUAAUUCUAAUGCGCUCAGUCUGAUCCGGGCCUAAUGAUCUAAACUUUGGAUCCUACCUACGUGGAUAUAGAAAUUGACAGAUUGAGCCAAAUUCCUGUAUUGUGUAGAGAGGCCGAGCUAUUCGGUGGAAUACACUGUGAUGAGCACCUUUCGCCCAAGUAGUAUACUUGGCAAAAAGAAACAAGACGAGGAAGCAAUUCUGAAGAGCUACAAGUCGUACACCGAGACCGACGACACCUCCGAACCGGCUGCGGCGCCACCCCCUCAAACCAUUGGGUUUGAAGGAGUGCAAGCUGAUGGAGCAGCAGCUGCUAAUCCGCAGGAGAUUGAACUGACGGAGAACCAAGAUGGCCCACCAAACGACAAGGAGGACCAACCGCUCCACGAAGGGAAAACUCUCCAUGGAAUAGACCAUGAUUAUGAGUCCAUUAUACGUGUACAGCAUCUGUAUCCAAAUUUGCUAGCACAAACUGAUGAUGAAUAUCCUGAGUCUCCAGCCAAGAAAGACGACAGCAGCUUCAACGACCUCUUCUUCCGAGAUGGCACACGACGGAUCGACUUCGUCCUGGCGUACAGGAAGAUGGAGAGUGAGGAGAGGGAAGAGAAGAGAGUGAGAAAGAGGACGAACUACGAGGCCAAUCUCGUUGAUGAAGGCCUUGAGCUUGAGUACGAGAACUCAGAGGGGCCGGAGCCGAACCCAGAAGACCCAGAAUCCCACGACAACCGCACCUUCUUCGUGAAGGUCCACGCUCCAUGGGACCUGAUGACUCGCUAUGCUGAGGAACUCAAGAUCAAGAUGCCCAUCGAGGAAAACAACAUGGAAGAACCUGUGAAUGUAUUCAACUGCAUUGACAAGCUCUGGACUCCUUUUGAGCUGAGUGAUGAUUAUGUCAAGCCAGAGCCAGAUGUCUUCACUGCCCCAUUCAUCAGGGACAGAGAAAAUGAAUUUAUCAUGCACAGCAGGGAAACGUUCUUUCCCAACAACAUCCGCAACAGAGUGGUUUAUGAGAUCUUAGAGAGGAUGCGCUACGAUCCAAAUGACCCAUCAAAGUUUGGUAUUGACCACUUGAUCGCUAACGGAUCCUACUACGCUGCCUAUCCACUCCAUGAGGGCAACUACAAGAGCGAGCAUUCCUUACUGACCCAUGGGGCACAGAACGAUAGGCAUCUGCUGUAUGAAGAAUGGGCAAGGCCAGGAAGAUGGUACAAGAAGCAACCUUUAGAUCUUAUCAGGCGGUACUUUGGAGAGAAGAUUGGUAUCUACUUCUGUUGGUUGGGCUUCUACACCGAGAUGUUGACGUGGGCUGGAUUUGUUGGUCUGAUUGUAUUCCUCUAUGGAUGUAUCUCCCUACCGAGCAGUACAGUGGUGAACGAGAUCUGUGAAGGCACUGACAUCAUCAUGUGUCCACUGUGUGAUAAGAGAUGUCCUUACUGGACGUUAUCGGACAGUUGUUUCUACUCUAAGCUGACGUACCUGUUUGAUAAUGAAGCGACAGUCUUCUUUGCUUGUUUCAUGUCCCUCUGGGCUACCAUGUUCUGUGAAUUCUGGAAAAGAAGACAGAACACGAUUGACUAUGACUGGGACUUGUUUGGCUUUGAAGAACAAGAGGAGAACAUUCGUCCUGAGUUUGAGGCCAAGGCACCAGACCGAAGAGUCAGUCCCAUCACCAACCUCCCAGAGCCGUACAUGAAGUUCUACCGUCGCUUCCCACGCUUUAUGACGUCCAUCACUACAAUUGCGUUUAUGAUUCUGCUCGUCAUGGCAGCUGUCAUGACCGUCAUCAUCUACAGAAUCGUCGUCAAGGCAGCCAUCUUCUCAAUCGACCAGGAAUUCAUCUCAUCUUUCUCCUCCAUCAUCACCUCGGUAACGGCUUCCUGCAUCUCGCUCAUCCUCAUUAUGAUCCUUCAACUGUUGUACGAACGGAUUGCUGUGUGGCUAACCAACCUUGAAUUGCACCGAACGGAGACCGAGUACGAAGACAGUUUCACCUUCAAGAUGUAUCUCUUUGCAUUCGUCAACUACUACUCUACCAGUUUUUACAUUGCGUUCUUCAAGGGACGCCUACCCGGUACUCCAGCUGACUAUGGCCGUGUGUUUGGUAUCUGGCGUCAAGAAGAGUGUGACCCAGCAGGGUGCAUGCAGGAACUAUUCAUCAACAUCGCCAUCACUAUGUGCGGAAAGCAGUUCUUCAAUAACUUCAUGGAAUUGGCUUUGCCUGUCGUCUUGAACUUCUGGCGCUCCCGUACUGGUCGCAAGGAAGAAAAGAGCGGCAAGGGACGCUACGAGCAGUGGGAGCAAGAUGCUGACUUGGCCGACCUUGGACCACGAGGGCUCUUCAAAGAAUACCUUGAGAUGGUCGUUCAGUUUGGUUUCUCAACCAUCUUCGUGGCUGCUUUCCCCCUUGCCCCUCUCUUCGCUCUUCUCAACAACCUUAUCGAGGUCCGUCUCGAUGCCUACAAAUUCAUCUCUCAGCUUCGACGACCCGUCGCCAAGCGGGCUCAAGAUAUCGGUGCUUGGUAUGCAAUCCUAGUUUCCAUUGGAAACCUGUCUGUCUUGACUAAUGCACUCGUCAUUGCUUUUACCUCUGAGUUCAUCCCCCGUCAAGUUUAUAAAUAUUACUAUGGUGGCGAAGAAAACAGUCUUGUUGGCUACAACAACUGGUCACUUUCCUAUUUCCAGACCAAGGAUUUCCAGGACGAUUCGAAGCCUUCUGAUCCGUCUUACCCAAGGGUUGAACCAGAUGACCCGAACUAUGGUCUUAACGUCUCUAUGUGCAGAUACCGUGGCUACUACGAUGAGAAUUACGAGGUCACUUUGGACUACUGGCUUAUAAUCGCGAUCAAGCUGGCCUUUAUCUUGCUCUAUGAGCAUCUCGUCUUAUUCAUCAAGUUCUUUGUGGCCUACAUCAUUCCCGACAUGCCCGAUUUCGUCAAGAACCAGAUCAAGCGCGAGAACUACCUAGCCCAGCAGGCCUUGCGCACGGCCUUGGUAGAGAACCGGGGCAAGAGCAAGAAGAUGGUCCCGCCCGGCGGACCUGAAGACGCCUCCGGCGCUUCCGGCCCCGUCGAGCCCUAAACCGGCUUCCCGUCGCCACGACUACGCAUCAUCCAUCAGCGAUCUUCACUAUCAUCGCGUCUGCAUCCACUCAUUUCAAACCAGAGCAUAUCUUUCUAAAUUCGACUUGCCUCGUACACGACAGUGGCCUCUGUGGAGCAAUUCACUUCCUCAGAACAUAUUUCAUACUGUAUUUUAUAUAUAGCCCCCUCUAUAGACCAAAACUGUCAGUAGUGAUGGUUGUUCAUAUUUUUCUGUCAGCUGUUUUCUGUCAUUCUUGUAUAUAUCAAUACCUGACUUUGUAUUGUACCAUAAUCUGUAUCAUUUAAAAGAAAUGUUGAAGCAUUUACAUAUAUCAUUUACUUUUACACUUUCCAUAACCUUUUCUUUGAAUGCUGUGUCUUAAUUCAGAAUUAGAACAAGAAUCCAUGUUCAGUGUUAUUUCUGUUCUCAUUCUUCAUAAGAAAGUUUGAUUCUUGAAAUAUGCAUGUGACUUUCCUAACAGGGUUUCACCUUCUAAAUCUUGUUAUUAACAAGUUUUCUUGAAUUGAUGUUUCUACAUUUAAUUGAUCAAAACAUGUGUUAUACUAGCAUUUCAUAAGAGGCUUGACUAGUGAAUAAUGGAAAUAUUGAUAUAUGUUGUAUCAUGUAAUUAUGCUCUAUGCACUUAAGAACGAAAGGAGAGAAAAAUCAUUAGUUGCUGCUUCACCUAUUUUGUUGUGUGGUAAUGUGUUUGCAAUCAUCUUUACCCCUAUUUACCCCUUAUUUCACUCUCACUUGGCAUAAAUUCUUUCAUGAAAUCUUUCUAUCCAUUGCCAAUUUGAAGAAUGCAGUGAUCUCGCACUCUUAAUGAACUUUAGUAGCAUAUUGUCAAUUUUGAUCCUGCCGUGUUGCUGUAAUACAUAUAAACUUGGCUGAAGAAAAAUUUCGUAACACAGAUUGUUGCAUUUUAAGUUUAAAAAAGAAGUAAAAUAUAUAUGCCGAGGAUUGUGAAUAUUCAUCAUAUUUUACAAUGUCCAUAUUUUAAUAAUUUAUUAUGUUUAGAACUAUGCAACAAACUGCCAUCAUGGUUAUACCAGUCCGUGUCAUUGGGUUCAUAAAAAAAAGCAAUGGCACGAAUACAAUGUAAUCCAUUGCAUCCCCUAAAAUGAAGAAUGAAAAUCAUCCUUAAUUCUCAAAUUUGUUUAUUGGGUUUAUUAAGUGUUACUUUCUUGGACUGUGGACAAAACGAACUGUCGUAAACUGGCUCUUUUUUUUACAUACUUGUAUACCUCCAAGCUACAUUAUGACGAGAAAUAUCUAGUUGUGUGUAGCUUUGCACAUUACCUUGUGGUUAUGAAAUAUCAGAUAUUGGUGAUGUCGAUCUUGUCCCCAGUUGUCUUGAAUGAAUGAUCCUGUGUUUACAUAAAUUUCAUUCAAGUUCUCUGUGAAUAAGUUGUCUACAUAUCAUUUGCUCUGUCUAUAUAAAAUCAUCACUCGGUCUUGUUGUCAGCUCAUUCUUCAUACAUGUUGCUUUCAAAAUUUUCUUUGAAAAAUAGCAUUGCCUGUACGUAAAACAACCCCACAAUUGACCUACCGCAUGCAUGGAAUAUUCUGAAAUAUGUAUGGUUGUGUAUAUUGUAAUCAGUGUCACCUGUUUAUAUUAAAAGUCUAUACCUUUCUCUCUUUUUUUGCAUCCUCAAUAUUUCAAGUAUGAGUGUGCUAGCUUAGAGGCAUGCAGGGUUGAAUGUAUGUGGUUUUGUUGUAUUGAGUAUCAGCAGUCUGAGUUUGAUUUGGUUGUCAGUUUUCAGGAAUUUAGCUUAUUUGAUCCUCACUCCACUCAUGCCUGGCUUAUGUAUAUGAUUUGAAUAUUUGCAUCAUUAGGAUUUGAGAUUAUUUUCAUUUCCAAUUUGAUUUGAAGUUUGUUUUCCAAGUCAUCUCAUUACUUUAUGAUUUAUUUCUUUUCCUUUCCCAUCCCUCGCGCAUGAACCCGCUUCCUCAUUACCUGACAUUGCAUUACCCCCGAAACCCAUUUCUGCAUCCCGACCAAUUGCUUCUGAUUGCCGUGGCAACCGCAUCCCAGCAUGUCAUCAUCAUCGUGAAGAUGUUCACUGCUUACGUCAUCCCGGAUAUGCCCGAUAACGUCAAGAACCAGAUAAAGAGGGAGAACUUCCUCGCCCAGCAGGCGCUACAUGAGCUUACCUUGAGCAAGGGUAAGGCGAAGUCGGCGGAGGUAGCCAUACCUCCUCACGAGGCAGACGCAAUGGUAUAAUGAGAGGUUUGGAGGAUUUGGGAGGGACAGUGACAGCUCACAGUGGGACCACACCCAUUCUCUCAUCAACUCCUGGGUCCUGUUUCUUGAAGACUUGUUACAAUGACAAAUGGACAAUUUCUGUUACAAGUUUUCUCUUAGCCAAUCAAAUUGAAUGAUUUCAGUAGCUUGAAACUGUUAUUGCAAGUUUGUUUUUAUAACAUGUUUUACUAAACAGGCACCCAAAGGGGCUAUCACCCCUGACCACAAUAGCCAGUGUAUGGCAAGCUGACAAAAGUGUGGAAAGCCAUUUUUAUCAUAAAUGUCUUACAUGUAUUUUCUUUUAUCCAGAAAUAAUUUCUUCAUAACAAGAAUUCAAUUCUUGAUACCAAAAAUUGUUGUUAACAAAACAAAAUGAUUUUCUUGACAUCAGGAAAUUGAUCCUUGAUAUUAAGAAUGUAAAUACAUGAAAAAAAAUGAAAGGAAGGAUAAAAAGUGAUAAAUGGCUUGCCAUACAAAGUUGGCGUACACUGGCUAAAGCAUCCACUUGUGCCAGCCCUUGACUCUUGAUUAAAAAUCUGUUUUCGAGGAACCAGUGCAAGUGACGUUUCAGAACACAUUGCUUCUAAUAUCCUUUCCAACUUGGCUUGAAUUAAUUUAAUAACCAAAUCAAUCUUUGAAAUGAUUCAAACCAUUGAUCACUAGAGCUAGGUAGAACAGUGUGAAAAGCUAUUGGUACCACAGAAUUGGUUAAUUGACUAAUAGGUAUUGCACAUUGCAUGUUUAAAUCAAAUGGAAUAACUUUGCAUGCGAUUGAAGUAUUCUUCUGUGAUACUAGUAAUGAGGCCUUUUCUUACAGUAGUUUCAUUCUACGUCAGUUUAUUGAUUGAUGCGACUAUGAAUGAUGCAGACGUGAAGGUAUCCUGUUGGAGAGAACGCAGUAUCCCAGUGUGUUUAUGAAGUGGAACAUGAUGUGUGUUGUAUUCACACUUAGUCCAAUGUGUGAACACACUGUGAACACUCCCACUGUGGAGGUGUUCACAGUGUGGAAUCAUCUUCACAUUGUCACAUUUGAAUGUGGUAACAGUGUCAUUCACAUUUUCAAAUAGUCCACAAUGCACAUUGUGAACACACGGUAGAGGUGUCCGCACAGUGUGGACACAUUGUUGUAGUUUAAUGUUUUCACAGUUCACAGUUUUACAUAGUCCACACUGUGAACACACAGCAUGCCACCACUGUACAAGUGUGAAGUAAUCUUCACAUUGUUACAAUUGAAUAAUGCAAAUCACAGUUUCAUAUAAUCCACUAUGUGAGCACACUGCAAACACACUGUGAACACACUGUGAAUACACUAAAAUUCACUGUAAGCACACUGUGAAUACACUGAACACACUGUAAACAUACUGUGAACUCACUGAAUGCACUGAACACACUUGAGUACACUGAACACACUGUAAACACACUGUGAACACAGUGCAAAUACACUGAACACACUAUAAACACUAUACACACACUGAACACACUGUGAAUACACUGAACAUACUUUGAACAUACUGUGGACACACUGAGAGCACUGUGAACACACUGUGAACUACAUGUUACUGACUACACUACAAACACACUAUUAACACACUAAACACACUGUGAACACUGUUCUCUCCAGGAGGGAUGGAUAUGUGAUGAUUUUUUUUCAUUCCACAGUGAUGAUUCAAGUCACGUUGAGAACUGUCUUGAUGAACUUCAGAAAGUUUAUUUUAAAACUUUGCAAACAUUUUGAGAUAUUCAGGGUCAUGUUAUGUACAAAAAUAUUGUACAGUUUAUUCGCUUAUUAAUACUAUAUUAGAAUAGUUUAUAUUCAGAAUGUUUGCAUCUGUAUAGAAUUUUUUCAACUUGGCUGGUUCAGAGCCUUUGUUGUAAAGGUAUGCCAGUUUAUAAGAAAAAUUUGAAUCCGAGUCAUAGUCGUAUAUUUUCUUGCUAUAGUUUAGGAUAGACAUGUAUAAAAUAAUGAACUUUAGCCUUUCUUGCAGGCCCUGUAAUCAAACAAUUUUGAUAUCUGUGGAUAUUUCUCAUAACAUGUAGUUGUAUGUAUUCAUCAGUUACUGUAAAUAGAUUACAUAAUCUCAUAAUAUCAGGUGUUGGGGGUAUCACAAAUAUUAAUACGUGCAUGCAUAAUUAAUCUUUAUGAAUAUUAUUUGCAUGUUUGUUAGGGACUGGCUCUUUUUACAGUAAAUGCAUGGUUCAUUUCAUUGAGUUUUCUAUCACAAUGUGAUAUGUUCUAUGUUGGAUAGGGACUACCUUUGUUUAAGAAUCCUGUAGAGUCUUAUUCGUAAGUGUAAAAAAAUUUGUAAUUGAAUGAAAUAAAUUUUUAAUUAUGAAUAAAUCUAAGGUAUUUAUUACCAUAUAUGAUUAACAUGUUGUGUUUUUUUUUUAUUCAAGUUUUAUAUAUUUUCUUCAGGGACAUCUGAUAUGUGACUAACUGUCCUUUGUUGAAGUUGAAUAACAAAUUGUUGGUAAUCCAAGAGAUAAUUUAAUUGAUCAGUGUUCAAAAUAAUAGAAUUUUUUGUACAAAUUAGAUGCAAUUGUUGCAUUGUUGAGGAUUAUUCAAACUUCCUUAUUACAGUUAAAUUGUACCCUUAUGUAUCUUCAAAUUUUGAGAAAAUAAUUUAACUUUUUGAAAAAGCUUGAUUGAAUUGAGAUCAAAUUUGUGUUCAAGGGCACAUCUAAAAAUAUGUCUCAUUUUAUUUUCUGUGUGUUGACCAAAUUUUAUAUUUUGUAGUGUUGCCGUCUUUCAAACUCUGUUUCAAAAUAUACUUUUUGAUUUACUUAUUAAAGUCUUUUUGUUUUGUUUAGAACAUUUUCUAUAGCCUCAGGAACACCUUUCUUGUCUGUUUCUUAUUCUUCACAUAGCCAAACAAAUGAUUUUGGCUUAGGUUAAUAGGAUAAUAAUAUCCAAGUCAUUCGAAAGCGCAUAUAGCCAUUAGAUUCAUAAUGUGAUAUGCGCUAUACAAGAACUGUUUUUUUUUAUUAGUAGUAUGAGGUUUUUGUAAUUACCAUGAAUACAUACAUAUGUUUGAUUAUAAGAUGGUGCCUAAUUGGGAUACGAAUAUCAAAAUCUUCCACUUUUGUAUUACUAUUUAUUUUUAUUCUUUUUGGAUAAUAUAUUAGAAAUAUGCACACCGUUUCAUGUGAGAAAAAUUCAUAUAAUCUUUUUAGCAACCCAACAAGUGAUGUUUGUGUAUAAAUCUGCUCCAAAACUUAUGAGAUGAAAAUUUGAGUACAAAUCAAGCAAUGCUCGUAGUAACAUUAUAUGCAUAAGGCAGUGUACUUAGCUUGUUACGUAUGCUCAUUUCAUGGAUAAAUAUGGAACUCAUAUUUUCAAAUGGAGAUACUUGGGCAUACAAGCACAUACCAGUCAUGGAGAUCAGAGGCUGCAUCUGAUGUUAUUCUUUAAAUUUCGUGGAAAAGGAAGUGUGGAAUGUGAUCUUAAAGUUCACAUAAACAAGCUCACAAUUUAUACCAUGUAUGAAUUUAAAUACUACAUGUAUCUGCUUUGCAUUUUGUAGGUCAUGCAUAUUCAUGAGUUAACCUAAACUGUAGACUUGCAAGUAAUUUUUGAAACACUAUUUAGGUGAAGAUUUGUCUAUUUGUAAAGGUGUUUUCCCCAUCUUUAGUUUUUUAUUUUUCAUUCUUUACCCAUUUAACUUGAACCAAUCUAUUUUUGCAUGUGUAGAGGAGUACUCUAAUCCACUUGCGAAUAAAAAAUCAAUUGUAACUUUCACGUAAACUUGACUUUGCUUGUGAAAGUCCUGUGCCAUGGUAAUUACAAUUGAUUACAAAAAUACCAUUGAUUAUUAAAGUUUUAUGCAAUAGGGGCCCAAGCCUUUCUUAAUUAAUCUAUGUUGACUUAAAAAAAAAUUCCUCUGAGCGGCUUUUCUUUUUAUUACACAUUUAGAGCCUAUCUCGAUCUUACUGAUGUAAAAGCCUAAUUGAUGAUACACCAUUUUCUUUUCAUUUAUUUAAACAAUUAUUUAGUAUAUUCACAAAAUCUAUAUACAUGUAUGUGUUAUUCUUUUGUAUAAUGUACGUUCGCCCAAUGUUUAUAUUUUUAUAUAUGGAAUUGACUGAUUGUGUAAUCAAUAAUAAUUAUGAAGUGUUAGAAGUUGUACGUGGUUUUAGUUGUACAUUUAAGAUUGUCUUUGUUUAGAAUGUAGAAAUGUGUUUCUUGUAUAAGCUUCAAUAUUAUUCAUCAUAUGUAAGUAAUGUUUUGAAUGAUUAAAGUCUGGAUAUUGUGCUCGAGAAUGAUAACAUAA